AUGCCGGAAAUUCGAAAGGCAAUCAUCAUUGGCGCCGGCCCCGCUGGCCUUGCAGCAGCACUGCGUCUCCACCAACAGACAAACAUAAAAUGUACGGUCUACGAGCUCCGUUCUUCGCCCUCGACGCUAGGUGGGGCGAUUGGAAUCCAGCCCAAUGGUCUCCGCCUCCUACACCGACUUGGCGUCUACGAUGCAGCCGUAAGCAGGGGCUACGGUGGACGCAAUCUGACGAUACACUCGUUGCGAGGUCAUGUACUUGGGUCGAUCGAUCAUGUUGGUUGGGCACGGGAGAAGACGGGGUUCGGAUAUCUGCGAAUUAAGAGGAGAGAUUUACAGCAAAUUUUGCUUGAGGAGGUUGAGAAAGCGGGGAUUCCUGUUCGGUUUGGGAAGAAGUUGGUGAAGAUUGAUGAUCGUGUUGACGAGGUGAGUGUGGUGUUUGAAGAUGGGGAGACAGAUGUGGCGGAUCUGUUACUUGGGUGUGAUGGGAUUCAUUCCUUUGUUCGAAGAAAAUAUAUCGACCCAAGUCAGAUGGCGGAGUACUCGGGAUUGUCGGGGAUCAUGUCCAUUGUUCCGGCUGAGACUGUUUCGUUGGAGGUCAUGGACCAGAUCUCUGGGCUUGAGGCAACGAUGACGGAGGAAGGAAUGAUGGCAUUGAACCCAUGCACAGCUACUAAGGAUGAGUUAUUCUGGUUCUUUACCAAGGAGGUCCCGCUUCCCGAGUCUGGGGAUAGUCGCGAUGGAUGGGAGGUGCAUGGGAAGGGGGAGGUACAAGGAUUCAAAGACAUGCUUCUUGAAGUCUUGAAAAAUGCGCAGGGAGAUUGGGGAAGCACGCUGAAGAGGGUUGUCAGCAGCACCUCUGUGGUCAAGUUCUAUCCCAUUUACCGUCUGCCUCUCGGCAAGGCGUGGUCCAAAGGCCGUUGCGUCUUGGUCGGCGAUGCAGCCCAUGCCAUGUCGCCGCAUGCUGGACAGGGAGUUUCGAUGGCGCUCGAGGAUGUCUUUUUGCUUUCCCGGCUCCUCGAAGAUGACGCACGCCCUCUAAGUGAGGUUCUUGAGAAAUAUGAUGCCAUUCGCAGACCACGUGUUGACGAGAUCUUCGAGAUGGCCAAGGACAAUGGCGAGAUGCGAAAGAAGUCUACUUCAUGGGGACUUUGGUUGAAGGAAAUCAAAGUGUCCAUGGCAUUAAGCAUGGUGUGGGUCUUAGGAUUGGACUUGAAGGGGGCGAGACAAAGUCACUUGGUCUAUGAUAUUGACGAGGUGACGCUGUGA